CACGAAAUUGCAGGGAUCGAAAGUGCAUUUAUUUAUGUGGAUUUUAUUUUGAAAUUGGAAAUUUUAAAGUUUGCCUAGGAUUUAUAACAAUGUAUUUCAAUUUUUCUAUAAUUUAAAAUUUUUUAUGCAAACAAUUUAUUCAACGAUUCAUCGGUCAAUUACUUAAUUUACUUUAAUUCUGCAGAAAUAAAGGAAUUUUUAGGAGCAAGAACGGUAAGAAUUCUAAAAAUGUCUCUAAACUAGAUGUCGAUGUAGGUAUGUAGUCGUGUUUGGUGCUAUAUGUAGGAAUUCGUGUAAGAUGUAUGUGGAGCUGAAUCUUUUUACAGAGAAGUACUAUGUGAUAAAUGAGUAUUUUAGAAAGAGAGCGUUCCUUUAUAGAUUGUAGGUCGAGUCAAGUGUCUAUCUGGUGAAUUUAAGAACGAAUUUUUGAAGAAAUGAGAAGAUUCUUACAUUCGUUAAUAUUUCUUAACUGUAUCCCCUGACGUAUUAAUUUAACCAUUAUUAAUCUAUUUUAAUAGUUUUAAAAAUUUUUAUUUUAAUUGGAAAAUAGAAGUUUCGAAAAUAUUCUCAAUACUUUUGAUAUUUUAUUUAUAAUGUUCGAUGAUAUAUUAUUAGAAAGCUAUUUAGGAAAAUCUUAUUAUUUAUUCAUAUUGGAUCCCAAUAUGUAUUUCCAGAAUGAUUUAUAUUUAAAAUAUAAUAUGAAAUCUAUCAAUUAUAACAUUGAUUAUUGGAUAAGGGAUUAUUGGAUGAAAGAUUUAUAAUUAGUAUAUUAAUCAUUUGAAAAUUUCUUCGAUAUUUUUAUUACUUUAAGAAUUUUUAUUUUCUUUUUUUCUUUCUUAAUAAUAAAAAUAUGAAUAACAAUAUGAAAUCAUACUCAAUAUGUGUUCAAAAUAUGUAAGAUAUCAACUUAUGACAGUGCAUUUAUUGACUACAAGUAAACAUGAUAUUUUUUUCUCAUUAUUUUAUAUAGGAAUAUAACUUCAUGUUGUGUUUUUCUUUACGACAUAUUAUUUCAUAAAUGAAACCAAGAGAAUUAUAUAUUUGAGUAUUACAUGUAAUUUCUUAUACAAGAGAAUAGAAAAUAAGUCAAGAAUAAAAUUUUUGAGAGAAUUAUAGUAAACUUUUUAUAGACAAAUUAAACAUUCUCAUUUCGUUCUUAAUUAAUCUGAUGUUGUAUCAAUCAAAACAAAUAAAAUUCUCGAUUUCUUAUUACCACACAUUAUUGGUAUAAUAGAGCGGAUAAUUUGACUCGUUCAAGAUUCAAAGCUAUCCAAUCCCGUAACAUUCAUGAAUAUUAACCAAUUCGCACGAUAUCGCGAGACGAGGGAAUUACGGUCGUCAUCGACCCAUAAAACCUACUAAUUUCGCAAGCGGUUAAAGUCAAAUAACCCGAGUGGCCCGCUCCGGAUCUUAUAUAAUGCGGUUCGAUUUUUAAGAAUCUUCUCUUCUCUUUCGGCAUUCGUUCCUCCAAUAAAAACGGAACCCGAAAAUAAUUUGAACGAAAACUAUUUAUCGCAGCAAGUUUUAUUUAAAAAAAAAACGAUGGAGACGAAGGUUACGAUUCAGACAGGUGUCGUUCAAUCGGCGCGAAUCCAUGCCAGCUUCGAUCUCUCGAAGAAGUUGCAUGCUUUGUACCGCGGCGAUUAUGACGACUCAUUAGCUCUGCCUCUAAAUCAUAGUGAUCUCGACGCGGCGUGCGUGGUUAAGAAAGCGAGAGGAAGAGGCGAGAAGAAGCUCGAUUGUAUAGAGGGAAAAGCAAAGGUGGAUAUAGCGCCGGCAAUGACGAGGACAGACCGGUUUGCACGAUGAGGACGGGUAGCGCGAGCGUGCCCGAAGUUAGCCGAGCGGCCACGAAGGAAGCCGAACCGGCUUGCGGUGGUCCUUCACGCUACUCAAUGGUUUCAGUACCGAGCCGCCACGGGUCAGGACUCGACGUGGUUCUAUCAAGCGAGGGGUUUGUCGUUCACUCGUGUUCGAGUACGAUCACGGUGCUCCUGUGAUUUAUGAAUUAAAAUCGCGGCGGGACAACGUGAUCUUGGUUUCUGCGUGCGCGCUGCCACGUUUCUCAUCCGUCUCGAUCGAUCUAUGAUCCAUCCAACGAGAUCGAUGGCAACGGAUUGACGCGAAUUGCAAAGGAUACGUAUAUAUUUUUUUAAAUAUGCGCAAUUCGAGAUAGUGUGAAUACCACGUUCGACGAUGUGAUAGCAUGGUGUCUCAUUUGUGGACGACAGAGUACGUCAAUGUAUGGUGCGCGACAAUCGGCAGAGAGAUGAAAACGAGCACGUGUUUGCACUGCGAUGGAUCGAAAAAAAAAAAAACGAAAUUAAACUCGACCUGUUUCGUUUGAUCGGGCAAAAAUAAAACACGGAAAGGGGGGUGGGGGGGCAGAGAAAAAAGGGAAGAAAUGAAAAUUAAUAAUAGACAAACAAUUGAAAAACGAUUGGCGCUCGAAACUCGUAAAUCUUGCCCCAAUUCCAACCAUCGAGGCAGUUAAUUAAUAACGGCCGCGGAUUUGAUUCGUUGAUUGAUUAAUAUCGAUAUACAAGGGGAUUUAAUUACGCAUAGAUCCCGCUGGAUGCGAAUGUCCUUCCGUGUACGCGCCCCUGGAGUAGCGGUGCGAGUAACGAGCCGUGAGAUAGGGGCAAACCGACGAGUUCAUUCGGAGCUAGUGGUGCAGUAAACUAGACCCGUGUCCAGAACGUUACUUGUGGUUAAGCUCGAUCCGUUUUGACCAAUUCGAAUUUUAAAUUUCUAAGGGUGUCAUCCCUCUCGUCGUGAUAAUGUUGCUUCCUCCGCGAGGAUAAGCCUUCUACUUCGAAAAAUAUCGAAUAUCGCGAUAAACAUCUCCGAAGACAACAGUUCUGUGUUGAAAGUGAAUGGCUUCGAGGAAUCGCACGGUUCGCCAAUCUGUCGAAAGAAUCAAUCCAAUUUGAUACCUGACGUGCUUUUGCGCUACACUGCCAAUUUUCUAUAUGAAUUUCAUUCUCUUUCUUUCUAUCUUUCUUUUUUUUUUCGUACUCUGGUGCACAUCGAUAGUGUAUUUGUAUUUGUUAAAUUUUGAAGAACGUUGGAAAGUGUUGGAAUCUCGUCGAAUUUUUAUCAAAUAACAGUUCAACAUUGGUGAUAUCUAUAUAAUAAUGGUAUAGAAAUUAUCGUUUACACAGUGAAUACUGCCUAAUUAUCCCGACUGCCAUUGAAAUCCGACCGCACAUUUUUUUUCUACGCAAAAUAUUUUUAACAAAAACCCGCCAAAAACCUAGUCAAAUCCUGCAACCGCACCGAAAGUUGAAAAGUUUUCCGCGGGAGGAAUUGUCAACGUUCGAACACCUCUCGUUCAUUUAUCCUCCUACAAGUGGAUUAAUUGAGACUCCCUUGGAAGGUGAUCUCCCCUGGAUCGUAAUUGGAACGAGUGCUCGGCCGAGGGUUACGAGAUCAAUUGAUUCGUCGAGCUAUCGGAGUACAGGACAGAGAGGGAAAGUCUUCGAGGGUCUGCAGAAGAGAAGAAGAAGAAGAAGAAGAGAAAGCUUUUGGUUUCGCUAGUGCGUGAAUCGUCGAUCGCGGGAUUGAAAUCUCUGAUCGGGUGGCAAAAGUGGUGGCAAAACUGUCGAGGGCCGAGCCGAGCGAAGAGUCGAGGAGGACGAGAAAGGCGAGUCGAGAGGAUGUCGACGACGGCGGCGCAAUGCAGCAGCGGCGGCAACAUCGGCAACAAGAAGGAGAACACCGGCUGCACCGGCGGCAGCAACAGCAGCUGCAAUUAGUGCCGGUUCACGACGGUCGCGAGACUAGGUAACCGCUGAAAGGGCGGCGAGAGCGCGGGGGGGCGGCCAGGCCGAGGGUGUGUGUGUGCCAGGAGUGCGCGAAAGGGAGACAAAAUGUGGUGGUGGAGGUGCCGGUGGAGUGUCGCGACUACGACCACGGUGUUCGUGUUGGGGAUUGCAACGGUGUACUCGCAGCUCGAGAUAUCUGAUCUGGAUAAGCCAAUUCCAGUGAUUACUAUCAGCGGGGUUGUAGGAAACAAAGUGCACCUUCCUUGUGAUAUUCGUUCUGCCGACAACGACGAAGUGAGCAUGGUACUGUGGUACAAGGAGGGUGCUGGAGAACCCAUCUACAGCUUCGACGUCCGUGGUCGCCGACAGUUCAACAAUGCUCGCCUCUGGUCGUCGCCGACGGCACUGGGACCAAGAGCUUUUUUUAUCACAGCGUCGAAUCCUGCUCACCUCAGCAUCGAUCGGCUGGAAACUAAGGACGAAGGGAUCUAUCGGUGUCGAGUGGACUUUAAGAAUUCGCCGACGAGAAAGCAAAAGAUGAAUUUAACUGUUAUAGUUCCUCCGUCGAAGCCGAUGAUACUGGACGGGACGACGAGGGACAUCUCGAGGUUGGAGGAGCCGUACAACGAGGGGAGUGACGUGAACCUGAUUUGCGAGGUACGAGGUGGCAGGCCGCCCCCGAAACUGACGUGGUACCUCGAGAACACCGUGAUAGACGAAUCCUAUCGCUACAACGCCGAGACCGGACUCACGGUUAACCUCUUGUCCUAUCCCAAAGUUGGAAGGCAACAUCUGAAGGCUCGAUUGAUCUGCGAGGCGAGCAACACAAAUUUGGUGCCACCGCAGACCAGGCUGGUCAUCUUGGAUAUGAAUCUAAAGCCAUUGGUCGUGCAAAUUUUGACGAAGGAGCCUCGAGUUUCCGCUGACAAAAACUACGAAGUGGAGUGCAGGACAAGUGGUUCUAGACCAGAACCAGUAAUUACUUGGUGGAAAGGGGACAAGCAGAUUAAGAAAAUAGCGCAAAACUACGCGCUGGAAAAUAAUCAGACUCUUAGUAUCCUGAGUUUCGUGCCAAGCAUCGACGACGACGGCAAAUACUUAACUUGUCGGGCGGAGAAUCCUGUUAUUCCUGAAAGCGCUUUGGAGGAUAGGUGGAGGCUGGACGUGCAGUAUCAGCCUGUGGUAACUCUGAAGAUGGGCAAGACCUUGAAUCCAGAUGAUAUCAAAGAGGGUGACGACGUCUACUUCGAGUGCUCGGUCAGGGCUAAUCCAAAAGUGUACAAGCUUGCCUGGUUUAAGGAUGGCAGAGAGCUUAAAAACAAUGCCACGGCAGGUAUCGUCCUCAGCGAUCAUUCUCUGGUUCUUCAGCGUAUAACUCGAUACUCGGCAGGUGAUUACACUUGUCUCGUUGCCAACAGCGAAGGGAAGACUGCCAGUAAUCCGGUGACUCUCCAAAUAAUGUAUACCCCGGUGUGCAAGGAGGGAAGGGGCGAGGUGGUUGUGGGUGCGCUGAAGCAAGAGACCGUAUCGCUGGUUUGUUCCGUGGAAAGUCAUCCAGCACCGUUGACUUUCCACUGGACAUUCAAUAAUUCUGGGGAGCUAGUUGAGGUCCCUCAUCCCCGUUACUCCCAUGUGGCGGCGGUCGGGACGCCGUCUGUCGCAGAGAGCCUGAAGGAGUACCAACAAUUCCACGGGCCCAGGUUGAACUAUACACCCGCAACGGAAAUGGACUACGGUACGGUGGCAUGCUGGGCGAGCAACCAGGUUGGCAAGCAACGGACGCCAUGCCUCUUUCAGGUGAUAGCCGCAGGACGUCCGUACGCUCUGCAUAACUGCACAACGACGGAAAUGUCCGCGCCUUUGGACUCGGAGGAGUUGAGCGUGAGAUCCGGUACAGGACUGAUAGUUCGCUGUUUGGAGGGUUACGAUGGCGGUCUUCCGAUCUACAGCUACCAGUUGGAGGUGGUCGCGGACGAGGAUGGCGGGCCAAUUUUGUUGAACAAAACUGUGCCGGCAAACCCGAACGGACCGACUUUCGAGGUGGCGGGCCUAACCACGGGAAGGAGUUAUCGACUUUUUCUAUACGCGAUUAAUGCAAAGGGGAGGAGCGAGCCUGCCAUUCUCGAGCCAGUGACCCUGAAGGGUGUCGCCAUGUACACGACCGGGAACACGGACGCGUCAAUGCUGAGCCCGUUGCUGCUGGGCCUCGCGGCAACAGCGACCUUUUUGGCCCUGGCCGUAGCUGGAAUCCUGGCGGCGCUCUACCGGAAGCACUCGAACGGCCGCCCCGGAAGUCCAAAGCACGCUCCCAUCGUGUGCGAUCCUCCUAAUACAGGUGCGACAACUCCAGUACACCCUCAGACCAAGCAGGCGGUCGAUGACAUCGAUCCAGACAUCAUACCCAACGAGUAUGAGAGAAGACCUCUAACGUACACUCCGAUAUAUAAGACGCCUCCGCAACGAAGAAAGAAGGAUCGUGUCAUGGACGAGGCGAUCUCGCCAGAGAAAAGGCCGAUCGUGCAACACGGUCUUGAUCUACCACCUGACUCGUUGUUGAGCGACUGUCUGCCAACGCCGACCAUAAAUUAUCCCCAAAAUCACAUAUCCCAAUCGAAUACGUACAGCAAUCCACCCACCAUGGCUGACUUCAAGCAGAUGGCAAUGGACGAUUACAAUCAACGAAACAAGCAAAACAUGUACUACAGCCUCCAGAGGUCAGGCAAAGGUUUGUCAUCGAUGCCGCAGAGGCCGGUCUCCUCCUCGGUCUCCGCGCAGGGGAAGUUCCAUCAGCCGGAAGUGGUGACGCGCUCGAAUCGGAUACAAGAAAGUUGUAUAUAAAUCUCGCGAUCAAAGUCUCGCCGUGUCGAGAGACUCGAGUGGCUCAGAGAGCGUUCUCUUAAAGAGAAGCUAGUUACAAAUUGCGCGGGAAUCCCAAAUCCACGAAAGGGGAGGAAUUCUCGCGUGAAAUCUCGUGCGUUGCGUCUUCCUACGGUCGACGUCUCUACGUUACGAAAAAUAUUGUACAAAAAAGGAAAAAAGAAGAAAAAAUAAGAAGAGAGAAAAAAAGAAGAAGAAGAAGAAGAAGUAAUGAAAUAAAAGGGAAAGCGAGAUGAGAAAUUUCCGGGACGUCGUGUCGGGAACGAGGAAUAGCAUACAGGCGAUUUUAGUCGUGUAGAUUGGACAAGUGGAAUAUCGGGAUACUCGACGAGUUAAUGAAACGUCGAUGAUUAGACAGGAACUCGAUGCUUGAUGGAGUGUAUCGGAUCGUGAUGGGUUCUCGUUCGAUUGUCCGUUCUUUUUCUACCUACCUAGAUUUUUAUAACGGAGUUCGGCCACGUUCGCGAAUAAAACGAAGAGACCGAAAUUUCGAAGAGGAUGGAAACCGAGUGCCCGAUAAGAGAGAGGUCCAAUUUGACGGCGGAUCGUCGUCGAAUCGCCCGACACGUGGUAACGUGGAGGAAUAUCGAAUGUCCUCGUUCUCGCCUCAUGUACCGAGAACCCAGGAUUAUCCGUACAUUUUACUGUUUAUAUGAGAUUAGUUUUUGUACAAAGAUUCUAUUGUAAAUAGGCGAGAUAGCCUGGCCCUAGUUGGAUAGUCACAACCGAUGUCCGAAUUUCAUUCGCUAAAAAAGUCACGUGUUGUUAAGUCAGGGGAGAGAGGAUUGUUCGGUCACGUAAGAUAAAUACUCGAUGGCAUACGAAAUAAAGAGAAUACGUUUCAUCUGUUUUACAGAAACGAGUGCCUCGCCCACUUGUCGUCCUGUCCGAACCUUUUCCCGAUCUUCUCUAUUUAAGAGAGGAGAGAACGUACGGAAUGAACAGCCGAAAUUUCGGCCGCACGUGAGCCGAAUCUCGUUACACGGUCCAGUGUCCAUCACGUUCCCUGUGCCGAACGUGAAGGAAAUCUUGGGGUGCAUCCACGACGAUGAAAGUACCAUGAAAAUUUUACUCCAAGUGGGAUCACACGAUGGAGUGUUUGGCUUAAGAAGUUGGCCGAAAUUCAAAUUUUCAAACUCUUAAGGAUGUAGGAAGUAUGCUUAAGAUGAAAUCGAUUAUGCAUUUGGAAAUAAUCCAAAGAUACACUAUUAUAUAACUUGUUAACAGUGUUUUAAUCUAUUUGAUCGUGUUUCAAAAUUUUAUUAUUAUUAUUUUUCUUUUUUACAUACGUGUCCGGUCUUUAAAUUAAGAAUCUUAAUAUGAAAUUUUUUUUUUUUGGCCAGCUUUUUAAGCUGAGUAUUCCACAAUACUGUUCGAGUACGGUCUCAAUUUUAAUGAUUAAAAUAUGAUUACUUUUUUGUUUAAUAUAAUCUAAUGUUUAAUCGAUUUUAUAUUCUAGUUUGGAAUUAUUUUAAUCUUAAUAGAGAUAUAUUUUGUUUAUUGAAUCGUGUAAACAUUAUUUUGCCUAAUUUUUGCCUUAAACGAAGCUGGAUGUAUCGUUUGGAUUCAUUUUUUGUUGGCAUUAUUGUCACUUGGAUAUUCGAUCGAUAUGUUUUUAUGUAUUAUAGCGCUUCAAUAUAAAUUUUAUUUGUCA